UCAUCUGAGUAUGAAAGUAUCUGGGUUUCAUUAGAACAGCCCAUAACAUCAUCAUAUUUUACAACCAGAACAUUUUAUCUCAGAUACACAUGCAUGUUUGACUAAAUGGCUGAUAGAAGAGUUAGCCACAACGUUGUAUCUAGCGAUGAAUGGUUCUGGGUUUAUCGUAUAUCAACUUAAAUGAGUUAUCAAGUGAAAAGCAGACACUAUCAUUUACGUAUGAACUAUUUAAGCAUAUGUGUGAUAGCACUUGACAAGGCUAAUUGGUGUUAAUAACAUUCUAUAUCAUGUUUCAUGUGGAACUGGUUUUUGUCUUGCGAAGUGUUUGUUUAGAGAUAAAAACCUCACAAACCGCAGAACUGUAUAGAAUGUGGUCAGGGAAGGAUUUCGACCUACAAAAACUAAAAGAUGUGGUCGGAUGCAGACGACGAGAUAUUAAUUGAAGCUAGCCAGAAAUGGGAUCAUAUCGCACAAGAACAGCCAAGCCCUGCAGGCGUUCCAUCAGAACAGCAAAGCACUGCAUACGUGUUACCAGAACAGCAACGCAUAUCAGACGUGCUACCAGGAAAGCAAAGCACUGCAGGCGUGCUACCAGAAGAGCAAAUCACUACAGGCCUGUCACCAGAACAGCAAAGCAGUGCAUGCGUGCUACCAGAACAGCAAAGUACAGUAGGCGUGUUACCAGAACAGCACAGCACAGCAGGCGUGCUACCAAAUCAGCAAAGCAUAUCAGACGUGUCACCAGAACAGCAAAUACCAAAACAGCAAAGCAUAUCAGGUGUGCUACCAGAACAACAAAGCACUGUAGGUGUGCUACCAGACCAGCAAAUCAAUGCAGGCGUGCUACUAGAAGAGCAAAUCACUACAUGCCUCUCACCAGAACAGCAAAGCACUGCAUGCGUGCUACCAGAACAGCAAAUCAUAUCAGGCGUGUCACCAGAACAGCAAAGCAUAUCAGGCGUGUCACCAAAACAGCAAAGCACUGCAGGCGUGCUACCAGAACAGCAAAACACUGCAGGCGUGCUACCAGAACAGCAAAGCAUAUCAGGCUUGUCACCAGAACAGCAAAGCAUAUCAGGCGUGUCACCAGAACAGCAAAGCACUGCAGGUGUGCUACAAGAACAGCAAAGCACUGCGGGCGUGCUACAAGAACAGCAAAGCACUGCAGGCGUGCUACAAGAACAGCAAAGCACUGCAGGCUUACUACCAGAACAGCAAAACACUGCAGGCUUGCUACAAGAACAGCAAAGCACUGAAGGCGUGCUACAAGAACAGCAAACCACUGCAGGCUUGCUACCAAAACAGCAAAACACUGCAGGCUUGCUACCAGAACAGCAAAGCAUAUCAGGCUUGUCACCAGAACAUCAAAGCAUAUCAGGCGUGUCACCAGAACAGCAAAGCACUGCAGGUGUGCUACAAGAACAGCAAAGCACUGCGGGUGUGCUACAAGAACAGCAAAGCACUGCAGGCGUGCUACAAGAACAGCAAAGCACUGCAGGCUUACUACCAGAACAGCAAAACACUGCAGGCUUGCUACAAGAACAGCAAAGCACUGAAGGCGUGCUACAAGAACAGCAAACCACUGCAGGCUUGCUACCAAAACAGCAAAACACUGCAGGCUUGCUACCAGAACAGCAAAACACUGCAGGCGUGCUAUUAGAACAACAAAGCAUAUCAGAUGUGUCACUAGAACAGCAAAGCGUUGCAGGCGUGUCACCAGAACAGCAAAGCACUGCAGGCGUGCUACCAGAACAGCAAAGCGUGGCAGGCGUGUCACCAGAACAGCAAAGCACUGCAUGCGUGCUACCAGAACAGCAAAGCACUGCAGGUGUGCUACUAGAACAGCAAAACACUGCAGGUGUGCUACCAGAACAGCAAAGCAUGUCGAAAAAACGAAAAAACAGAGAGGAGACCGACACGAACAAAACUGAUAUAUAUUUCUACAGAUUCUGA